AUGACUCAAUCCUACUAUUCAUGCUUUGGCAUGGAGAGGAACAUGGAGUUGGUGAUGAAGAAGCAGGGCCAAGCUAAUGUGGAUGUCUCUCCUUUCUUGCUCUUUGAGGACAGUGGGGAUUCUGAAGCUGCUGCUGAGGUUGUUUUUGAUGUUCCCUUGGCCGAGGAUGAUGCUGAGUCAUGCAGCUAUGACUCAGCUGAUAUCUCCAGUGCGGAUGAGCUCAUCGUAAAUGGUGAAGAUGAUGAAGAUGAUCAUGGUGUUCGAGAAUAUCGGAGUUAUGUUGAUGAUCAUGAGGAGGAAGAGGAAGAGGAAGAGGUAAUGUCUUCAGUUUAUCAGAGAUGCGGCCACCAGCUGAAAUCAACUGUUUCUGUUGAUUCAACAAAGGAGUUUGAGAUGUUGAAUGAGGUGGAAAAGAGCAAGCUAUUUUGGGAGACUUGCUUGGCAUCCUGA